AUGCGUGUUGUGCUCUUCGAGCUGCGUGACGGGAUGGAAAAGGGCAAGAUUGAGAGUCUCCUUCAGGCCGCACGCGACGAGAUCCCCGGGUUGGUGGAGGUGCACUUCGGGGCGAACAAGUUGCAGUCUACAAAGUUCGACAGCCCAUCGAAGAGGAGGUACACGCAUGUCCUCGUCUCCCGCCACGAGCAAGAGAAGUCUCUGGAGGAGUACCUCUCACACCCCCGCUACAGGGAGCUCACGCAGUACAUUUAUUCCUUCUCCGCUGCCCAGGCGACGGCUGUGUGCUUCUACGCCAAUGGGCGUCCCCACCUUUAG